AUGGCUGCAAGGCUUUCUCUCGUUUCUGUCGUGCUGGUAACCUCUGCUCUCGCACAGCAGAUGGGGACUAGCACCCCCGAAGUCCACCCACUGCUCCCCAGCUGGGAAUGCACCAUCAAGGGAGGCUGCGUGGAGAAGAACACGUCGGUAGUGCUAGACUCGGACUACAGGUGGACGCACGCCCCCGACUACUCGAACUGCAAAGCAGACGGCCUGAACACGACGCUCUGUCCCGAUGCAAAGACUUGCUCCGCCAACUGCGCCCUCGAGGGCACCAACUACUCGGAUGCCGGCAUCUCGACCAACGGCAGCGAGCUGACGCUGACCCUUUUCGUCAACAGGACAACGGGCAUGAGCUUGGCAUCGCCUAGAGUCUACCUGCUCGCGGAUGACACAACCUAUGACAUGUUCUCGCUUCUCGACAAGGAGUUCACGUUCGAUGUCGACGUCAGCAAGCUCCCGUGCGGCACCAAUGGCGCUCUCUAUUUCAGUGAGAUGGAGGCGGACGGAGGAAGAAGUGCACUCAACCCUGCUGGUGCUAAAUACGGCACCGGAUACUGCGAUGCUCAGUGCCCAACACCAGCCUUUAUCAAUGGCGAGGCUGACACGUUGCCCCAGGCGAACGUUGGAAAAUAUGGCGCCUGCUGCUCCGAGAUGGACAUCUGGGAAGCCAACAGCCGCGCCACAGCAUUCACACCGCACCCGUGCAACGUCACUGGCGUCUACAAGUGCACCGGCGCGCUGUGCGGCAACCCCAACAAGUACGGCAGCGUCUGCGACAAGGACGGGUGCGACUUCAACGCGCACCGCCUCGGGCAGCUGUCCUACUACGAGCCGAACGCGACCGUGGACACGAGCCGCAAGUUCACCGUAGUGACGCAGUUCCUGACGACCAACGGCACCGGCACCGGAGCGCUACGCGAAAUCCGCCGCCUGUACGUGCAGGGUGGCAAGGUCAUCGAGAACGCGCAGAUCCAGGUGCCGGGCGUCGACCGCGGCAACAGCAUCACGGACGAGUUCUGCGCCCAGGAGAAGAAGGCCUUUGGCGCCGUCAAUGCCUUUGCUGCCCAGGGGGGCCUGACAGGCAUGGGGGAGUCGCUCGAGAGGGGCAUGGUGCUCGUCUUUAGCGUCUGGAACGACAAUGGAAGCUCGAUGAAGUGGCUCGACGGCACAUGGCCGGCGACGGCGGACCCGGCCAAGGACCCAGGUACUGGCCGCGGGCCGUGCAAGCCCGACGAAGGGACCACGGCGGACAUCACGGUCAAUGCCCUAUUGACCCAGGUCAAGUUCUCCAACGUCAAGAGCGGCGAGAUCGGCUCCACUUACAAGGCCAAGUGA